GGACGGCCUGGCAGAAGAGAAAAGAAAGGAUUUUAUUUUAUUUAAAAUUACCUGGAUGUAAAGAACGGCCGAUUCCAGACCGCCCUUAUUCACCCAAGCAAUCCAGCGCCUUUCUUCGGGAGUUCGAGGCAACUCCCAUCAUCCCCAGGCCGCAGGGGAGGAUGGGGAUUGUAGCCUCAGCCCCCCAUCCCCCACCCCAAGGGCGGGUCUCCCUCUUGAGUAACCAGGGGCUUUGAGCUGACCCGCCUCCUCCAUAUAAGGCCGUUCCCAGGACGCCCGGCCCACUAACUAAGGGGUGGGACUAGAAGACCUCCGAGGCCCUUUUCAACCUUAUUACAGUAUAUACUUACCGUGUGUUCCUCCGCGCUCUCGGGGCUGGGCUGGUUUUUGCCCCGAACCUCCUUUCGCUCCGGCUCUUUCCCUUUCCUGGCUCUCCAGGGGGUCUCCUUUCCUUCUCCCCAAAGGGAGCUUCGACACCCCUCCCCCCGCGGAUGACCUCCGCGCCACUUUCCCUUUCCAGCGCUCAGCCCCUCCGGCGCCCUUCACAGACUUCCUCCUUCGCCGCCAGCUGAUCGGGGCUGCCCAUCUAGCGUCUGGAUCCGGAUGGGACUCCUGACGGCUCGGAUGGAGCUUUUGUCCGCGGCGGCCCUCCUGUUGCUGGGGGCAGGAUGUGCAGGCUCCUCUUCCCAUUCAUUGGGCAUUUUCUACACGCUGUUCAUGGGCUCCAGCCAAGAUGGGGUCCAGUACAUUAUGGUGGCGUAUGUGGACGAUCAGCUGGCUGCACGCUUUGACCCCCCCACCAGAAGAAUGCUUCCCCAAGUGCCCUGGCUUCGUAAUCUGAGUGAGGAAGACUCCCAUCUCUGGGAAUCCCUAUCUUGGUUAGUGAACGCCACGGAGCGGGGGUUCAAGCAUGAACUCACCAUCCUGUACAACUAUCACAACUCCAGCAAAGUGUCCGGUAGGAAAGCUGACACGGGGUUCCACAGUUGGCAGAACCUGAUUCGCUGCGAGCUGAGCGACAAAGGCCACAAGGGGGGCGUUUAUCAGUAUGGCUAUGAUGGGAAGGACUUCAUCAGCCUGGACCAGAAGACCCUCACCUGGAUCGCAUCGGAUGUUCACGCUCAGGUGACCAAGAGGAGAUGGGAAGGUGAGCGUUUGAUCGCUCAGAGCAGGAAUCACUGUUUGGAGAACAAAUGCAUAGAGCUGCUCCAGAAGUGCCUGACGUACGGAAAGGAAUCCCUGCUGAGGAAAGAGGCCCCGGUGGCGAAAGUAACUCGCAGGAUCCAGGACAAGGGCCAGGAGACCCUCGUCUGCCGAGUCUACGGCUUUUAUCCCAAAGAAGCGAACGUCACCUGGAGGAAGGAUGGAGAAGUCAGGGAGAAUGGCACCUUCUGGAGUGGUGUUCUUCCAAACUCAGACGGGACCUACCAUACCUGUCUGGGCAUCAAGGUUAACCCUAGAGAGAGGGACCAUUAUCGCUGCUAUGUGGUACACGCUGGACUAACAGAGCCUCUGAUCGUGGCCUGGGAGGAACCUGUUGACGGGCUCGUGGCCAGAGUCGGGGUUGCGGUUGGAGGCAUUGUGGUCCUCAUUGCUGCCGCAGUGAUUUGCUACAUCGCCAUAUUUGUUGGAGGCGCAGGCGGAGAAAUCGCGGAGGCCCCGGUGGCGAAAAUAACUCGCAGGAUCCAGGACAAGGGCCAGGAGACCCUCGUCUGCCGAGUCUACGGCUUUUAUCCCAAAGAAGCGAACGUCACCUGGAGGAAGGACGGAGAAGUCAGGGAGAAUGGCACCUUCUGGAGUGGUGUUCUUCCAAACUCAGACGGGACCUACCAUACCUGUCUGGGCAUCAAGGUUAACCCAAGAGAGAGGGACCAUUAUCGCUGCUAUGUGGUACACGCUGGACUAACAGAGCCUCUGAUCGUGGCCUGGGAGGAACCUGUCGAUGGGCUCGUGGCCGGAGUCGGGGUUGUGGUUGAAGACCUCACUGUGGUCCUCAUUGCUGCCACACUGACUUGCUACAUCGCCAUAUUUGUUGGAGGUGCAGGCGGAGAAAUCGCGGCCGCCAGACAGUAUUUUGAAAUGCAUCCCAUGGUGUGAGACUUGAAAAAGAGGAAUUGGAAAGCAGGAUUUGCACUUGAAAGCUUAAACCUUGGCAACUUUAAGCCGUGUGGACUUCAACUCCCAGAAUGCCUCAGGCAGGAUGAGACUCCCAGGUGCCUAGAAAGACCUGUUCUCUCCCCCCCCCCCACCUGUUCUGAAAGCAGUCAGGAGAAAUGGCAGCUGUGCAAACCAACAAGUGUGGAAGGAGAGGACCUUGUAUAUUUGCCUCCCUUCCUUCUCACCUUUAGUGAUAGCUUGCAUUUUAUUGCCAUUUUGACGUGAUUCUAUACAUCUCCACAUAAUAUUUAUGGUUUCAUUUUAAUGCUGUGAGCCGCCCAGAGUGAUCUUGUGGCGAGGUGGGCGGCAAACAAAUUUAAUAAAGAAAUAAAUUAGUCGUACAAUCUUUAACAUAUUCUUUUAACACGCACUCUUCAAUCAUUUGAAUUCUUGUAAUUCGCCCGGAGUGGCCCUACUACGGCAAGAUAGGCGACAAAUAAAUUUAAGAAAUAAAUACAUUUAUUGAUUUGUUAAAUUGAUCUGUCAUCUAUUUCGUGACAAAUUUAUUUAUUUAUUUAUUUAUUAAAUUUAUCGGCUGCCUAUAAAAAGAGUGUGUUAAAAGAAUAUGUUAAAGAUUGUAUGACUGAGGAGGCC